AUGUUGAACAAUAUGGAUUUGAAUGCGAAAGAUUCUUUUUACCCCCAGUUUGACAAUUGCAACAGUUCUUCCCUGGGAAUGGAAAACAGCGUGCGGAAAGAUAACCAGGAGGUGUAUGUCGAUGCAGAGCGGGGGGUACCUGCCCAGUUUGGCCACGAAGGAACCCCUGCAACCCUCAAAACCGAAGCUUCCAACUCGGAAUUUGCUUUUAACCCCUGCGAGUGCCCAAAAGACACCUACACCCCCUCCUCGCUCGCCUACUCCGGCAGUUUCUAUGUUGAGGCAUCUCAGGGAGCGCCGUGCAGCACUGAAACACUCCUCAAUAUGAUCACUGAGAUCGUGGGUAUAUCUACUCUGCCACUUUCAGAAGUGCAACAGAGCGGCAACAGUCGGGGAACUUAUCCAUCGCCUGCGCCAAUGGACAGCAGCAGCAAUGGCAAUUUUGGAGACCCCGGCCCCAAGAGGCAAUCCUACACCUGCUCCGGACCUACUCCUCCUGUAUACUCUCCGGACCAGACAUGUCCGAGGUAUGCUGAUGAUCAGGCCGGCAGCCAGGCCCAAGACCCGUCCACUUCCCAGCUAAGCUUCGGCUCCUCCCGAGCUCCAAACCAGAAGAAGGCUGAACCAAAGUCAGAGGCCGCUUCUUUCCCAGUUGUGGUCAAGAAUGAGUUUGAAAGCAGCUGCUACGAGUGGGGAACAUUUAAUAAGUCUGACUGUUUGGAGACGAGUUUCCAGACAGAAACCUUCCCGAUGUCAAGCGACUUCCCCCCCGAUCAGCAAAUGGAUGUAAAGGAACUUUUAGACACGUUCCCCCCAAUUUGUCCCAACCCAGAGAUGGAGUUUAAAGUGGAGGGAGGAAUCAAGCAGGAACCGUGUUUCUCUGACACCUGUUCUCAGAGCUACUCCAGUCCUCUAUACAAUAAUUACCUCCCACCACCGCCGAUGGGCCUCUCCUCCAACCUGAAACCCUUCCCCGAACCACCACAGCCAUCUAACCAGUGUGAUUCCUUAUACACAUCACCAGCUUUACCGAGCACCAUAGACUCCAUCCUGUACUCUUCCUUGUUGCCAGAUUCUUUUGCCCAAAGUUACACUACCCGUGCAACGAAGCCCCCCAGGGCCAGAAAGAGCCCCGCCGCCUCUCACGGCCCAGCCAAAGAGAAACCCUUCACCUGCCCCAUGGAAAGCUGCGACCGGCGCUUCUCUCGCUCGGACGAGCUCAACCGACACAUCCGCAUCCACACGGGCCACAAACCUUUCCAGUGCCGCAUCUGUUUGCGCAGUUUCAGUCGUAGCGAUCACCUCACCACCCACACCAGGACUCACACCGGGGAGAAGCCGUUCUCCUGCGACGUGUGCGGCAAACGGUUUGCCCGGAGCGACGAGAGGAAACGGCACGGGCGCGUACACCUGAAACAGAAGGAGAAAAUGGAAAUAAAGCCACAGGUGACCGCCGGUGCAUGGCCAUUUACUCUUCCUGAGGGAAUUUGAAGACACGGCUAUGUGUC